UUUGCACGUUGAAGUUUUCAGGAAAACGUUAAACAUGUUACAGGUGUUUUACCUUCUCGUCUGUAUACCUCUGGUAACACUUUCUAAAUCUGAUUGUCCGUGUAAGAAUGAAAUCAGAAACUACAACAUCUGCAUGAAGACUGCUACCUCAUGUGGUCUUCACCUCAGCAAAUUUGAAGAGUGUAUUAAAGACAGAUUUACUUCCAUGGAGACCGAAAUUAAAACUUUGAAAGGCUCAAUUCCAAAUGAUACAGGUAGACCGCAUGUCUCCUUCAUAGCUUAUUCACCCUCAAGGGUAAAAUGGCCGCCAGGGAAUUUCCUUAAAUUGGGAGGAAUUACAACCAAUAAAGGGAAUGGGUAUAACAGUACGACCCGUGUGUUUACCGCCCCUGUAGCAGGAACCUACUCCUUUACUCUUACCAUUGGUUUGCCUACACCCUCAAGCUCCUCGGACUAUUUGAGGUUACGUAUAUUGCAUAACAAUAAGGAAGUUGGGCUGGUGUGGGCUGGAUGGGAAGGACUGUGGAUCAAGGUCUCCGAAAAUGUUCUUGUUGAUAUGAAGAAGGGAGAUAAAGUACGCAUUGAGGUGCACACAUGGCCGAAAGAAUAUAAGUAUAUCGGAUAUGGAGUGGCUUCCAAUUUCAACGGGUUCUUAAUACAAUGAAGGAAAACAUUUAUAUAAUGAUUCUGAGAAGAAAAUUCAUGAAUGAAUAUCUAGAAAU